AUGUCUAAUCAGCUCUCAAUAAAAAAGUUAAGAUUAAUGCUUGCCAAAGAACAAAACAUGAUGAUAAAAGCAGAAAAAUAUGAGACAUUUAUAAGUUUGGGUCAAACAACUAUUAUGGAAUUCCAAUUGUUUCAAAUAAACUUCAGUCUUAAAUUGUUUCUAUUUGUACUUCCUUUGAGGGUCUUCAUUUGA